AUGCCAUCCUCCCUCGACGUCAACAACGCCCGCUUCAACGCCGAGGCGGCCGAGUGGGACAACAACGUCAAGCAUGUCGAGUCGACACAGAAAGCCCUCGACGCAAUCAGGCGCCACAUCCCCGCCUUUGCAGACGGCACAGCCAAAGACCUCGACGUCCUCGAGAUCGACUGCGGGACAGGCCUGCUAUCAUUUCUGCUGGCGCCGCAGGUCCGAACCCUGAUCGGCGUGGACACGGCUUCGGGCAUGCUAUCAGGCUUCGACGCCAAGCUAGCCGCGCUACCGGACCGCGGCACCGCCAACCUGACGAGCGUCAACGUGCUGCUGCGGGACCCGGACGACGCGGCGCUGCAAAAGGCCGCCGCCGAGCUCGACUCGCGCGUCACGGGCUCGUCGGCAUCUCCUCGGCCGCGCCGCUUCGACCUGAUCGUGUCGCACCUGACGCUGCACCACAUCCCGUCCAUGCCGGACAUGUUCGCCACGCUGGCCGCGUGCCUCAAGCCGGGCGGCCGGGUCGCGCUGACCGACUACGAGGACUACGGCGACGAGGCCAUCGCGUUCCACCCCGUCGCCAAGCGCGAAGGGGUCGAGAGGCACGGCAUCCGCAGGGCCGAGGUCGUCGAGGCGAUGCGCGAGGCCGGGCUGGUCGACGUUGGCGUCGAGGAGGCGUUUGUUCUUCGCAAGGAGGUUGAGGCCGAGGCCGAAAACCCGGCGAGGGCGAUGGACUUUCCGUUUCUGAUCAUGCUGGGCAGGAAAAAGGAGUAG